AUGGCAGCUGCUCCUGUCAACAGCCACUCUCAGGCUCAGUCCGAGGCCUCUCCAAGGACAGAGCAUGCAGUCACUGCUUCUAAAGCAGACGACGCCCAGGGAACAGCUAACGGCGCGGACACCCUCGACAACCCUCAUUUCAAAGACCUCCAGAGGAGCUUGCGCAAUGCCAUGAAGAAGCUGAACGCAACCGCAAAGGUCGAUGCUAUCGUCGCUGAAAACCCGGGUAAAUCUCUCGACGAGCUGGUUGCCGAGAAGAUCAUCAACGCGGACCAGAAAGCGCAGGCCCUGAAGAAGCCUGCGCUCCAGGCCACCGUCGCUCAAAUCGAGGAGCAAAUCGCUCAAUUCAAGAACUUCGCCAGUCAUUACGAGGAGCGCCUGAACAGCCAGAAGACCGCAUUGGAGAAGGCCCACAAGGAAGAAUUGGAUGCCGUUCGGGAGAAGGUUCGCGCAGAGGCUACUGAGGCUCACCAGAAGGAUCUCAGACAGCGUCUGCUUAGCCUGACCAAGUUCCUUUGUGCUGCCGCCGCCAUGAGGCGCUCUGGUGACGAGACAUCCCCCGAGAGCCGUGCAUUUGAAGGUGUCCUUUACCAAGUCUACGGAGGCUCUCACGACGCUGUGAGCUCUAUGCUCAAAUUGAUUGACGGAGUAGACGAGAAGGUCGUCAGUGUGGAGGGAGAAACACUUGAAGUCACCUACGGUAAGGUGAAGCAAACAUCCGAGGAGUACGCUCCCGGGGGAGCCACCGAAGAGGUGGAAGCAACUGCUACCUCUGAUCCUACCUUGGCCAACGCCGCCUACACUGAACUCCAGGAUGGCCCGCUUGACGCUGGUGCUACAGCACCCAACGAGAUUGACACCUCUGCACCUCAGACCGAGGUCCCUCCUCCUGCCCAGACUCUCGUUUCCGACGCUGCGAACCAAGUAGCCGAGAAUUCCUGGGAACAGAACGCGGCUGGCUCACUUGAAUCGUCGGCAAAUGCUGACGGCUGGGUUGAGGUGCCUCGCGACCCGGCGGAGACGGAGACAGGCCUACAGGCAACCCCCGCCUCUGUCGAUAUCGGCCUGAAGAACAAUCCCACUGUCGCUGAGACCUCCGCACAGAGCGAUGAAACUGUGUCCGUGCCCAAGACGCAGAGCGGCGACGGCUUCGAACCUUUCGCCGAUCGCGCGAACUUGCAGUCCGAAUUGAUCAUCAUGGCGCUGGCCGCGGAUCAGCGUAAGAAGAUACUUCGAGUGUUGAUGAUAUCUCUCGUUCUAGACCUGAUCUCCUUUACGUUCAUCCUUCCACUCUUUCCGUCGUUGCUUACGUUCUAUCGUUCUCAAGACCCUUCUCCCACCUCUCUCCUAAACCGUGUCUUCCAUUAUCUCAACGCGUACAAGAACUCGUUCGCAAAGCCGAUCGACUCGCGAUAUGAUAUAGUACUCCUUGGAGGAGCGCUAGGAUCGCUCUUCUCUCUUCUACAAGCCAUCGCCGCCCCGUUCAUCGGCCGACUAUCCGACAAAUAUGGACGACGGACGGCGCUGCUCUGCUCCAUGGUCGGGAACACCCUGAGUGUCGCGCUAUGGGUCGCUGCGACGGAUUUUCGUACCUUCCUUGCCAGUCGCAUUGUCGGUGGUCUGAGCGAGGGCAAUGUGCAGCUGGCGCAUGCCAUUGCGACGGAUAUCAGUGACGAAAGUCAACGGGGCUCGACCAUGGCGCUGGUGGGUGCGUGCUUCAGCAUUGCGUUCACCUGCGGGCCUGCCCUUGGAGCCGCGCUGUCGAAUAUCACCACGGUGGCUGCAAAUCCGUUCGCGACCGCUGCGGGAGUGUCUCUUCUUCUUAUUGUCACCGAGACGCUGUAUCUGUAUCGCUGUCUGCCGGAAACACACCCCCGGUUGACCAAGCUCAAUUUUGGUCCUCUCAGAGCUGAGGAGACCGCCUCCUCGACGCAAAAGACUAAUAACAAUCCUGCCGCCUCAAAACCCGACUCGACGAUGCCUCACAAACACACGAACAAUCCCGCCCUCCUCAACCUGCUUCACUUACUCUUCCUUCUUCCUUUCUCCGGGCUGGAGUUCUCGCUCCCCUUCCUUACCGCAACAUUUUACGCAGGGAGCACCGCAUCUCCAUCCGCUCUGAACGGCCGUCUUCUCUCCAUGAUGGGACUCAUCGCCUCUCUGCUCCAGGGGACCGUCGUCCGACGUCUACCGCCACUCAUGACCCUUCGCGCCGGAGUGGUAGCUUGCGCCAUCUCUUUCUUCCUCCUGGCUCGAGUCUCUUCGCUCGUCGGGCUCUACUCGGCCGGUGCCUUGUUGGCUGUGACCAGUGCUACAGUUGUGACCAGUCUGAAUAGUCUCGGUAGCUUUGAAGCGCGAGAAGGGGAGCGCGGCCUCGUGCUGGGUCGUCUGCGAAGCUGGGGUCAGGUAGGCCGAGCUGCGGGCCCACUGCUCUUCUGCUCACUUUUCUGGUGGGUUGGGCGCGAAAUCGCCUAUACCACUGGUGGGUUCGCAAUGUUGGCGGUUUGUGUGGGUGUGUUUACGACAUUAAAGUCGCCCCCUGUCGGGUCUGCGACGAAGGCCGUGAAGGUGAAGGCCUAG